AUGGUUGGGAAAAGGAUUGUAUUGCUGCGUGGCAUUCUUUCAUCUCAGGUUUUUAAAACAACAUUUGACAUUGUUUUUAAAACAGUUAUUAAGGUGAGAGUUCUUUAUAAUUUAGCUACAGAAGGUGGAUUUGUAAAUUGGAGAGAGGCUUUAGAGCAUCCAAAUUCGUGUUCAAUCUACGAAACUAAAUCUGUCCCGCUUAAAGGUCCCGUCAAUCAUAAUGAGAUACCGCUCCCACCAAAGGUCCACUUCUGGAUUUGUAUCUUGUGCGGAGGAAUCUACCUUCAGAGGCCUAUUUCGUGA